AGGCAUCGCAAGAUGGCAGCACUAGCGAGGCAGCAAGCGGCUGCAGAAGCGGCCGAGGAGGUCGAGAUGGAUUUGCCACAUGCAGAUCCACACGCCGCCCCGCGCGCCUAUUCGCCUGCAGAGGUCAAACCCCGCUCGACAUCCUCACCUUCGGGAGGUUCAACGGCGAUCCCGGCACCGUCAGGUGUGAGGCUGUCCUCGGAGGAUGGUGCGCAGCUGAUUGGUCGGAUGGUGCUGAUUCAGGGCUUGGUACGAUCUCCGGAGUUCAAUGGUCAGUGGGGCCAUGUGGAGUCUUAUGACCCGCAGAUGCAGCGCUUCAUGGUGAGCGUGGUACUCCCAACACAGCUUCCCGGCGAAACUCCGCUCUAUGCGAAGCUCAGGCGAGAUAAUUUGAUCGUACCUCGUCAAGAGAUGCAGCCCCCUUUGGGGAGCCCCGUGCCACACCCGGGUUGCGUUUUGAACAUCGCGACGGGACGUUUGAACGUGCACUCAUGCGACACCAGCGGGAUUGUCAUGGUUUCGAUUCUAUGCCUGCUGUGUCUGGCCGUGUGCUUUUUUGGCUACCGCAUCUACAGGUUCGCCUUCGGCGUCUUCGCCUUCCUGGUGGGCUUCGGCCUCCAGGCAGCCCUCGGCUCGGCUUGGAUCAGACAGAGCGAGGGCCACGGCAUCACCGAGAAGGUGAUUGUGGUGGUCUGUGCCAUCCUAUGGGGAACUCUUUUCCUGGUACUUGCACGAAGAUACUAUGAACGCAUUCAGAAGAUCCUGGGCUACGUUGUGGGCGUUAUUUUGGGGCUGGUGCUCACCGCCGUGCUCCUGUACCUGCUGCAGAAGCCGGUGGACAACUGGAUCGGCUCCAAAUAUCAGGGCUGGCAGAGCUAUGCUGGGAUUACCCUGGGGGUUCCCAUCGCGCUGUUGACCGGCUAUGGCUGCAGAAAUUUCGUCAAGUUCUUGGUCAUGUUCAUCACCGCCUUCGCCGGCGCCGCGGGUGCCUGGCGCUGGGGCAGCUCAUUGAUCGAAUGCAAAAGUGUGGACUACGAGCCGGUUGACAGGCUCAUGGAGAAUCGGCUCUUCAACGUGGCCAUCUUCGUGGCCCUGGGGCUCCUCGGCCUGGCGGCGCAGUUCUUCUCGCAGCCACGGCGCACAGCGAAGGCCUCGGUGGCCACUCAGGAUGCUGAUCAAAGUUAA